AAUUUUGCGUUAGUUCAGUUGAAGCGUUGCGAGCGCACGUUGCUUAUUUUAUUCGCCCAGGAGGAACACAGCAGAGCUAAAUUAAAACACAUGUGAAUAUACAUAUUUAAUAUACGUAUUACGUACUAGUCGCAAAAUGACAACACACGAAGCAGAAGCAACAACAACAACACACACGAAUGAAAGCAAUGGAAUUGAAUCGGAACAUGAACAGCCUCCGAUGGAUGUGCGCAUCAAUAUGCCCUGGGGAUAUGUGGUCGGACGAUGGUAUGGCAAUCGUCAGGUACGUCCGAUACUAGCACUACACGGCUGGCUGGACAAUUUGGGCACGUGGGACAAACUGCUGCCGCUGCUGCCGAAACAUUUGGGCGUGCUGUGCAUUGAUCUGCCUGGCCAUGGCUACUCAUCCAAACUGCCCGAGGGGAUUGCCUAUCACUUUGUCGACUACCUGUGCGUGAUACUGCGCAUCAUGGAGGAAUACAACUGGUCCAAGGUCUCACUGAUGGCCCACUCGAUGAGCGCGAUGCUCUGCUUCAUCUUUGCCUCGCUCUAUCCGCAUCGCUUGGACAUGCUGAUCAGCAUUGAUAUUGUGCGCACUCGCUAUCGCAAACCCCCAUCGCAGAUCGAUUAUCUGCGCACCAACAUCGAACGCUACAUGGUCGAGGAUGAGCGUUUUGCAAAUGCCAAGCGGGAAGAGCCACCGGCAUACACCUGGCAGGAUCUGGAGCAUGUGCUGCACAAGGGUUCGGGGAAAUCGGUGAACCUCGAGAAUUGCCAUCACAUACUCGAACGCAAUGUGGCCAAGUCCACCAAGUAUCCGGACAAAUACUUCUUCUCCCGUGACGGACGUUGCAAGUAUUACUUUGAGUUCCACACAAGUCCGCCCUUUGCCGCCGAACUAGCGCGGACUAUACGUAAUGUGCCCUACUGUGUGAUCAAGGGUUCCGAGUCGAACUUCAUCGACGAGGAGAGUCAGGAAGUGAUCGACAUACUGCGCUCCAAUAAUCCACACUUUCAGCUGCACGAAGUUGAGGGCACUCAUCAUGUGCAUCUCAACAAUGCCCCCGGCGUAGCAGCCGUCAUCAAUCCCUUCAUCAUGCACCACCGACCACCGCAGCUCGAAACGUGGACUGUGGAUGAAGGCAACGAGUUGCCGGAUGCAGUGAAGAAGUUCGCUUUGGCCGUGGAUGAUGCAGAGAAUGUGAAGCGAAGAAAGAGAAAAAGCAACCUAUAGCUGUUGCACUCAUCUCUGAGGCGUCGACAGCGCGAAGAGUCUAUUAAUUAUCUAUUUAGAACCAAGAACCAUAAGAGGACUAAAGGCUUACGAGCAUAGCAACAACUUAGACUUAAGUUUCUACAAAUAAAACUGUGAUUCAACAGA